UGCAAGUGUGUGUGUGUGCAGCUCCAGUCACGGUGAUUUUCUCUCGCCCUUUCGUUCGCUCUCUCUCUCUCUCUCUCUCUCGGAUAAGGCGAUGGCGGGAGCGAGGCGCGCGCAGCAAACAGCACGUAAUUUCCAGCCGUCUGUGAUGUUUGAAGGCUCUGACUGUGUGGAGGAGACAGAGGGAGUGAAGGCUGAGAGCAGUCUGGUCUCGUCCAUCUCCGCCUGUAAGAAGGUGCUGUGCAGUAACAGUGUGCUGGACUCGUCAGAGUACUGGCUGAAGAACGAAAAAACGCUCUGCAGAGUCGGCUUCCUGGAGGACCAACACGAGGGGGGCUGCACUAUUUGUUUUCUGAGUUUGGACACACACACCUCUGACCGACAUGACAGCAGCUGCCUCAAGAAGUUGGCAUCGGUGUCGCCGGAUUUGCCGCAGCUGGUUGAGUGCAUGGGCAUGCGACCUUUCAAAGAACACGAAAUCCUCCUGCUGACCGGCCUGGAGUCACCUGAUACCUUUCAGCAUGACCCCACCCACACACAGAGUCACAGAGCUGAUGUGUGUGUGGUUGAGAGUGCCAGUGGGCGUCACCCGACUCAGCCAAGCAGCAUCGUCCUUCAGAUCAACAAGUUCCUGAUUGGUCUGCAGUCUGGUCAGGAAAGACAGCGGCACAGCCGAUUGGCUGGACAGCGCAUUUCCGAUGACGACACCAAUCGCUCCGUAUCGUCCAUAGAGGAGGACUUCCUGACCGCCUCCGAGCAGCUGGGGGAGGACAGCGAGGACGACCCCUUCAGAAACGAUGCAGAUUGUGGUAUUUCAGCAGAUGCAGUGGAGUUGCUGAGGUCAGGACACAUUCGGAGGAAAAGUACAGUGGAGAGAGAGGACAGUGAGGACUCAGAUACACUGUGUGCCUCUUCAAAGUCACAUAAACUCUCCAGGGCUUCUUCUGCACCAACCAGAGGCAGCGCUGCUCCGAAACACAUCAGCCAACGAACCAAAGAGUCGGCUGGACAUUACGCCACCAACCUCGCUGAGUCUGUUAUGCAGGACGCCUUCAUCCACCUGUCUCAGGACGAGCCGUCUUUCAUCCCAGAAGCAGCUGUUAGCAUCUCCAGUUCACCACAGAAAGCAGCUGGCAUGCGCCAUCAUACAGAUGAGCCCCCAAGGGCAAGAACUUGCUCUUUUGAACUCCCGAAGAUCGUGAUCGUACAAAGUCCUGAUAACUGCGAUGAAGCAGAGUGGCCUGGCAUGCAAUCCGAACAUCAGGGAAUUCAUAAGAGCACAGCUGAGCCAGGACCGCAGUCGCACUCUCAUCUCUCACAUGGCUCUCCCAAAAAACACUCGGCUAAGCCAGUGGAAGUGGCGCUAGCAUGCGCUGCUAGCAUCAUUGGCACAAUCAGCACCCCACAAAUCACAGAGAGGCUCACACUUGAAUCAGGUGAUGAGGAUGAUGUUAAUGAGGAUGGAGGAAGUGAGAAUGAACAAGGGGACUACUCGUUCUCUUCCGCCGUGUGCGGUAUGGCUCAGAUGGCCGGGGCAGUAGCCGUGGUGGACCUUACUGAAGGUUCUGCUGAUACGGAAGACUCAGGUGAGAUGUUCUCAGCAUCUCUGGGGCUGCUGUCUGCGGCCCAGGCCUCCGCGGCCAUCCCGUUGCAUUGCAGUGUAGCAGAAGGCACCUGUGUGGAAACAUUCAGGGCCAACGUGGCAGAAGUGCUCUUGAGGGAGGCUUCGGCAGUACUAACUCACAAACAAAGCUACACUAGCAUAGCAAACUUCCUUGAGACUACGCAUAACAAGAUUGUGGAUGGGAUCACAUAUCCAAGGAGGUCAUACCCGGGGCAUCUGGAGGUGGACGAAUUCACACAGGAGUUGGCGGACAGCGUUUUAAGAUAUGCCCUGGAGAAAGCAGUGAAAAGAAAAGACCUCGAAGGGAAGGACAGUGUCAAUGUGCAGCGUUUUCUCCUGGAGAGUGUGAAUGAUCUGCUCUUUGACAUCCUUUGUGUCACAUCAAGAAAAAUCAAUGACAUUUCAACAUGUAAUCUGGGGUCGGCCGACAGGAAAGGAAGCAAAGCUGGUUCCAAAGAAUGCAAGACUGUCACCAAGCCUGGCGGAGAAGUGUUAAGCCAAUUACAGGGUUGGACUGAGCACAGUCAGCCUGAUAAUCCCAAUGAGAGGCAGAGCAGCUCUCUUUUGGGAAAGAGAGAGAGAGAGCAGAAGAGCAAUCAGGAGGAAAAAGAGAGUGAAUUAAACUCAAAUGGGAAGGAGUCCUUCAGGCUUGCUCAGAGCAGAAUAAACAGAGCCACGGUGAGGGAACUGGUUGACCUGCAGGGGCAGCUGGCUAAGUGUGAUUGGAGCUAUGACUCUAGGCUUCCCUCGGACGAGAGCUCUCCCUUGCACAGCACUCGAGGGAAAACUGGGAGAGAGGGAGAAAUCAGGCAGCAAUCCUCUUCCUCCACAGGAGCACUUGCAGUACCUAAAAUGGAGGGUGAGUGCAAGACUCCAGUCAUGUGCUUUGCUGAGGACUUGGCGACAACAGUGGUGUCCAUGGCCACAGAGCUGGCGGCGAUAUGCCUUGAGAAUUCGACUGGUAAGCAGCCCUGGUUUUGUGCCCUGAAGGGUGGACCUGAGGGCCCAGAAGGGCUUCUUCUGCCCGGCCGAACAGCUGCAGCUCUCCGCAGAAAAGAAACUCAAAACGGCACAGUAGUUGCCAAGAAGCACCGGCCUCCUCGACUCAGCGAGAUCAAGCGUAAAACAGAGGAGCAGCCUGAGCUCAUGGAACGUUUGGUCAACCGUGUGGUUGAUGAGACCGUCAACCUGGAUGAUCCAGCAACUUCUGACCCCUUUGCCCUCUUUGCCUCAGAGGUCACAGCACGGAUCAUGAACUGUCCUGAGCUUAACGUAGUGGACACGUCUAAACAGGGCCAGCCCUGCCGUAGCCGGCUGCAGUGCGAGAGGUGGAGCAGUCGAGGCAAAGCUUCAAGCUAUGAAAGCAUCCCAGAGGAGGACGCAGAUCCUUCUGGACCACUAAACACCCUUGGGCCAGGCAACAGGCUGGGUCACAACCUGAGCCGAGGAAGCUCGAUCUCCAAGCAGUCCAGCUGCGAGAGCAUAACUGAUGAGUUCUCUCGGUUCAUGGUGAACCAAAUGGAGACGGAGGGCCGAGAGUUUGACCUCCUGCUGGACUACUAUGCUGGGAAGAAUGCCAGCAGCAUCCUGGCGGCAGCUGUUCAACAGGCAGCAAGCAGGAAGAACGGACACCUCAAUGUCCGGACAUCAUCUUGCCUCUCCAAGCAGUCCAGCACAGAGAGCAUUACUGAGGAGUUUUACCGCUUUAUGCUCAAAGAUAUGGACAAGGAGAACAAAGACUACGGCAUCACCAAGACCAAAGAGUGGAGCAACAGCCUUCUGCCUCCAACCCCUAGAACUCCUUUCUGCAUCCGCCAGUCCUCUGUUCCGGACAGGCGAUCAUCCGACUCAAGGCUGACCGUAAACUCGCCCAUCAAGGCAAACUCGUUUGAUGGAUUUGCCCGAAAUGUUCGCGGCGACUCACUUAACAUCUACCCAUCCAACUCAGUGUCGUCCACGAGUCUGUGCAAGUCUGACUCUUGCUUGUAUCAACGUGGCCAAACAGACCACGUCACAGACAUGCUAAUCCACGAGACGUGGGCAAGCUCUAUUGAGUCUCUGAUGCGUAAAAACAAGAUCAUCGCAGAACCUUCGGAGGACAGUAUGGAACUGGAUGCUACCGACUCCCAGCCCCACGUCCAGCUCUUUGCUAAUCGACUAGCUGCCAACAUCGUGGAAAGUGGCAAGUCGCUAAUGGGAAGUCAGCAGGAAGGAGGAACAGCUAGCCAUCAGAAGCAUGCUACAGUUGGAGAGAAGAGGCGGGGCUUUAAGCAAUCUCGCCCAGGAAGUGGUCAUAAUCGGGCGAGCACACAACAGCAGGACGUUGGUGAAGGUUCCCAAGGGUCCACAUGUGGAAGGUAUGCACGGCUAGGACAGAGGGAGGUUCCUCUAAUUCACAUUGAGCCAGAUCAAAGGGAUGAAGUGUCUGAAGACACGGAGAGGGAACGUGGCCACAGCAGGGAAUCAAAUGCUCAGGUCCAACCUCAAAGCAGCAGGGAUAGAGUGCCGGCGAGCUGGAACAGCACUGACAGCAGGGACAGGACCCCAACAGUGCCCUCUACAGGUGUGGAGGGACAGUGCCGCUCUCCCAGCACUAGCAGUGAGGAGAGUGGCUCAGGCAGUUGGGCUCAAGUUGCCCCUGAUGAAGACCCCCAGGAGGAGACCACCAGUAGCUUUAUUCAGCUAAGCGAGGGAAACGGGAACAGUAGCGCAUCCAGCCUCGGCGUGGCUGACCUGGAGGGCCUUCCAGAAUGCUCCGUCUCCACUGGGAUAAUCAGUGAGGAGAGAGAGAGAAAAGCAGCACAGAGUCCCGAACAAGCCGACGAGGUGACCUCAGGUUUGUCCACAGCAGGUAGUAGCUGUCAGAGGGAGUUGUUGGUGGUGAACUUUGACCUGGGAGUGGACAGUGUGGAUGUGGAGUUGCGGGAGGCUCUGCAGUGGAUCGCGGCAUCGGAGCUUGGCGUUCCGGCUCUUUACUUCCGAAAGACUCAGGAACACAAUCUGGCCAAGUUUCAGAGAGUGGUCCACCUGGCUGGUCAGAAGGCGUGGCGGGUGGGUGAUUUAUUCAGUCUGGUAGUUCAGUUCUGUCAGCUUCAGCAGGACAAGCAGGACGCAAGCGGAGCAGCUCCCGGCCUGUUUGACUGGCUCCUGAAGACGCAGCGCUAAAACACGCAAUCACUCAAACUCUGCGCUGACAAACCGGUCAGCAGGACUCUAAACCUCUGCUGACCCCUUCAGGUGUGGAGUUCAGUGCAGUUCGGGUCAUCUUCCUGCUCAAACGCCUGAUUUUACUCAUCAGUUCAUUACCAGGUGUAAUAAUCAGCUAAUUACCAGGUUUAAUAAACUGUUAAUUGCCAUGUACAGUAAUCAGUUGAGUGUCAGGUUUAAUAAUUGGUUAAUUAUCAGGUUUAAUAAGUACUUAAUUAUUAGGUUUAAUAGUCAGUUAAUUACCUGGUUUAAUAACUGAUUAAUUUCCAGGAUUAAUAAUCAAUGAUUAGUUAAUUACCAGGUCUAACAAUCAGUUAAUUACCAGGUUUAAUAACUGAUUAAUUUCCAGGUUAAUAACAAAUUAAUUACCCAGUUUAAUAACUAAUUAAUUUCUAGGUUUAAUAAUCAAAAAUCUGUUAAUUACCAGGUUUAAUAAUUGAUUAAUUACCUGGUUUAAUUAUCAGAUUUAGUAAUUGACUAGGUUUAAUUACUAGUUCACUGUGUGUGUGUGUGUGUGUGUGUGUGUGUGUGUGUGUGUGUGUGUGUGCGUCAGAGCGUGUUCAGACGGCCCUCUUCAGCUCGUCAGGUCUGAAGGUUGUAGCUUGUACAGUCUAUACAGUUCUGCUACGAAUGAAAACAAACCAAGUGAAGUGCACAUGUGACAAAUGACCACAGUGAGGGCUGACAGUAACGGUGGGCACAGAUACGUCAACUGAACCAGACAAGCUUUUUAACACACAUCUGCAAAUAUCAGGGCCAGAAUACAAACACAUUCAGUUCACAUCAGUAAUACAGUUUAAAAAGGUCCUGUAGUGACUGUAUCUGUGUAUUGUAGAUAGAGUUCUCUGAUUGUGUACUUUAAGGGUCUGAGCUGUAACAGUAUGGUAAACUAACCCCCGUGUGGAGGAUGUACUCCAGCCUGUCUGUCUCUCACUGUGAGCUGUUUAUCUGCUGUAUUACACUGACCAAGAGGAGAUAACAAUAAUACAACAAUAUAGGAGUGAAUUAUGUCCAGCUCACUUAUCACAAACUAAACAGCUACUUAUAUGGUAUAAAAACAACUUUCAGGGUGAAUUUGGAGAAACUUCAGGCCACCGGACACAGAGUCGAUAAACGGAUUAGGAUCAAGUUCUUAAGCUUUUAAACUCUCGUCAUAUAAACUGAGUGAAAGUUCAGUAUCUCAUCCAGCUUGGCAUCGGUUCACUGUCAGUUUACUCAAGCUGGCUGUUGCUGAGCUGAAAAAGGAAAGGCUACUAACAAUUUCACAGCACAUGUGGCUUUCUGUGGUCUCAGUAUGGCUGCAAUUUAAAGUCGUUAAUGCGCUGAGAAACUGACCAGUGCUCAGAGUCGGCACACGGUGAUGUGUCGGGAGCGUGUCCCACGAUUAACAUGUUAACGUUCUGGAAUUUUAGGAUGUGUGACGUCUUCUUGUGAAGACCACAGGAAUACACAAAAAGCUGUGGGAUAUUUUACCCCAGAGCCUAUCCCAGCAGUCACUGGGCGGAAGGCAGGAAUACCCCAGGCAGCUCGCUAGUCCAACACAGGGCAGAUGCACAGACAGACAGACCAACAGGCAAACAUAUACACUCACACACACACAUCUAGGGGGCACUAUAGAAUCUCCAAGAUGCUAGGAGGAAGCAUGCCAACUCAGAGAUGACCCUGGUCGCCCAGCCAGAGAUUCAAACCCAGCUCCUUGCUGUGAGGCUGUGUCCAAGUUUAUCACUACUGUAUACAAUUUUCAGACCUGUGAGUGUUAAACUUGUAAAGCUAGGUAUUUACAGGUCAGCGAGGGCCGUCCGAACGCUCGGCCACAGCAGGUAGAUCACCAAACUGUGACGUGAACAGAGCCAAACCGUCCAGGCUGUUCACAUGUUUAUUCCUUCCUUCCUCACUGAGGCUCUGCCUCCUGCAUCUACACCCUAAUACACUUCAUUACUGACCACUGUAUGUGUCACAGCUCCACACUGACCACACCCUUCAGAACACACAGACCCUGACCCUGAUCCUGACCCUGGAUCUGCUUGCCUGCUUGGUUUAAUUCCAACAAACCCACUAGACCCAGAUCAUCACCGUGGACUGUGACAUCAUAAUCUACAUCAAACAGAGAGUCAUAAUGUGGCAAGAGACAACAUUACACCAUCAUAACAUCGCUGAUGUUCACAGCGAUUUAUCUGCUCUUUCCUUCUGGACAAACGUUAUGCAUAUGAGUUGAGUGACAACCAAUCAGAUUGUUGAUGUGUGCCGCAGUAACUGAGCCCAAAGUCACACACUCAAACCCACACCAGCAGGAGAUGGAACGGUUGAUAUUGACAGUAUUAGCGCUUUUGGGCUCAGAAUUGUCCUACAGUUCUGCACACAGUCUCCCUCUCAACCCACGUUUUUUUAGUGACAUGCCCUCAAAGGGGCCAGCAGGGGCAAGAGAAGCACUUCUCUUCGACUUCUUAGUUAAAUGAUGGUGGUGCAACUUUCUAAUAAUUCAUUCCAACACCAGAGGGUUGUGAGCUUGAAUCCCAGCAAUGCCACAGUUGGAUAUAUUAUGAAACCCAAGAGGAGAAUAUGCCAGAUGGUACUGUGUGAUAGAAAGAGUGCCAGCUAGUAGAGAAACUGACUAAAAUAAGCAAACUCAGUUUAGUUUAUCUAAAUGAGAUGCAGACCUAGAAACAGUGGCUGGGAGAUUUUUUGACUCUAAGGAGUUUGAGUUGUGUGAACUCAAGCUGAGUCAUCUCAAGAAAAGCCACAGAAUCAGUUAGUAGAUCAUCGAGUUGAACUGACCGCUCAUUUUAUUAAAAUACUGUACCUUUGUGUGCGUUUUUUGACCAUUCAUUAUUUCACUUAAUAUUCACUCCAAGGCAUCAGAACUUAUUGGAAAAUGCCUCCACAUAAUAUAUUUUGUCCAAAAAAUAAAAAUUUCAACAUAAAAUGUACAAUCAACAUUGAGCCCAACUGACCAAAAUACGUGAGGCUAUAGUCUUACCUUAGUGUUCGUUUUUUGACAGUUUUUUUAAUUCAAUUAUUAUUCACUCCAAGACAUGAAAGGUUCUUGGAAAAUGUCUCCAUGUGAUAUAAUUUGUCCAAAAGAUUCAGAUUUGAUCUUAAAAUGUACAUUCAACAUUGAGCCAAAUUGGCCAAAAUAUGUAAGUCUUACAGUACAUGAAUAAAAUAUAAAAUGUCUAAUUUAAAAAAAGGAGAUACAGGUCAAUCUAAUUGGCUUAAAGUUCAGAUAAUUUUUAUUAUUAUUUUUAGCAGUUGCAGCAAACCAACUCCCAGCACCUCCACUUCCCAGGUCCCUGUUAUCACAGCUUUAGAUAUCAUGACUGCAGCUAUAAUGGUUAUUUCUACAGUUGCACUCUUAACAAGUGAAAUCAUGUCAAAUCUAGUCGAUAUAUAAAAAAUAUUUCCCAUUUUGAGACUGCUGUAGAAAUACUAUUUAGAAUAUUUGCCCUAUUUCUACUUUAUUUAAAGUCAUUUUAUCUAGGGCUACUGGCUUAUUCAGAUCAUUUGAAUUGUUUUUAGAAAUAAAUAUCGUGACUUUUUUUUGUAGACAGAAUUACUAAUCAGUUUAUCAAUAAUGAUCAACAGCCAUGUAACUGAUUAGUAGAGUUUGUGGAUUUUUUUCUUUCCAUUUAAAUGAAUAUGCGUUUUGAGCUCCAAUCCAUGAUUUGCAGCUCCAGUCCUGGUUUUACUUCAUAAACACAUACAGCAGUUUGUUGCGCUAUGAAUGCACGGCUACUGUUUUUUUCCUCUUAAUUUUAGUUUAAUGUUUUUGGUCUUUUCAUAGAGAGUCACUUUUUACAGAUGAAAGUUUGAGGUGCGAUUUUUAAUGUGAUGAAACUUCUGCUUGAAGCGGCAACUUGAUCUUUUUGUCUGUAAAACUCACUUGUUGUGAAAAGGCCUUAGAUUUGUUGCCCCCUCUGGCAGAAAUGGAAACUUUUGAAUUGAAUGUUACUGUAAAAUAGCGUAUUUUAAAGCAGCACUGUGUGUUAGAACUGAAUGAAGUGUCUUUACUGAGUGAGGAGGAUAUAAACAGGUGAGCAGCGCUGCUGCUGUGAGUCGUCUAUAAAGCCUGAAACAAUCAUUUAAACCCAGAGGCGUCGAGUUUUUCACACCAUGUCGUAAACCUAUACAUUGCUGUGUACACCUGUACACGCCUCUGUACAUCUGUAUACACCUGUAUAUGCCUGUAUACACCUGUACACUGCUGUGUACACCUGUACACGCCUCUGUACAUCUGUAUACACCUUUAUAUGCCUGUAUACCCUUGUACACUGCUGUAUAUGCCUGUAUACACCUGUACACACCUCUGUACAUCUGUAUACACCUGUAUAUGCCUCUGUACAACUGUGUACACCUUUAUACGCCUGUAUAUGUCUCUAUACAAGUGUAUGCACCUGUAUAUGCCUGUAUGCAUCUGUACAUUGCUAUAUACACAUGUACACUGCUGUGUACACCUGUACACGCCUCUUUACAUCUGUAUACACCUGCCUACAACUUUACAUGCCUGUUUACACCUGCACACUGCCUCUAUACAACUGUAUACACCCGCACAUGUGUACACCUGUCCACUCCUGUAUACACCUGUAUACACCUAUAUAGAUUCCAGUAGACACCUGUACCAGACGCAUACACUCAUAUCCUGUCUGAGCUCACACCUCAGUUGAAACGUGACUAGAGGACUUUUUCCCUUUAAUAAGCCGCGUGUUCCAGCGGUUAAUAUGCAUGGCCAAGCAAACCUGCAUACAAACCCAGACAACCAAUCGGUUGCUCCAACGGGGAGGGACAUUUACAGCCAUUUAGCCUUGAUAUUUUGUAGCCUGAAGAUUUCUAUAGCAUAUAAAACAUUUCAGAUGCAGCGGGUCAGUUUUUAUUAACAGAAACAGGUCUGACAGCUGCUGUACAUGAAGACGAGGUUAUCGCUGGAUAUGAUGGCUUAUUACCGAUACAUGUUUAUAACAUUUCUGACACGCCCGAUCCACUCAGCACAGAGAGAAGUAUUUAGCUAACGUUUACUUUUGCAGACACGUCCACUUGUUUCUAUUGUACCUUUGAAACUGAAUCCUGUGUUUAAAGCUUCUGUGUGAAAAUAAAGACGAUUUAAAAGGCUUUAUUUUGGUUAGAUGUACAUAGUCUAGAUUUUGAGCUAUGGCACCACUGGGGCUGCGAGCAGAAGCCCCUUUUCUCUGGUCUUAGCACUAGCAGAGAGAUCCACAGUGAACCUGCGACAUUACAGGUAGCAGUCGGUCAGUGUAUGUUACGGUAUGAAGUGCAGUUUUCGUCAUGUAUAUCUGUUCAUGUGAAUUCUGAUGUGUAAAGGUUUCCUCUGCUUAGUCACAUAAUAAUAGUAAGUGUUUUAAUAUCAGCAUUGAAAGCACAACCGUCUAACAAUCUGUGACUGUAUAACUGAAUGUAUUUAUCUUUACAAAAACCAAUAAAAAAUUUACGUCA